AUGUCUGAGAAGACGGAAAAAGCUCAAACGCCCAUGUUCAGCGAGGAAUUCUCGCUCACAUUGCCGUCCAUCAAUCCGCCCGAUACGCGAGAGAGUUUGGUGUCACUUCACAAUAGUCAUCAAGCUGUUUUUGAUGAUGAAGAUCCGGUUGAGGAUAAACAUGUGCCGGAGAAAUCGAAUAUUGCUCCAUCUCGUCCUUCGCCUAUUGAGAAGCGUUUGCUAAGUCUAAGUGAUGCCGAGGAGCUCUUGGAUUUAUUUAGGUCCAAGGCAGCAUUCUUUCCGUUUGUAGAUAUUCCGGAAGAAGCCACUAUUCCGUCACUUUCCAGGACAUCUCCUUUCCUGCUUCUGGCCAUUUUGACGAGUUCCUCAACUCGUAACCCAAAGUUGUAUCCACAACUUGACCAUGAAUUCAGGCGAGUUCUGAGUUCCAAGGUUAUCAUGGAGGGGAAGAAGAGUCUGGGGUUCUUGCAGGGAUUGUUGAUAUACAUUGCCUGGUCAGUGGAGACAUCAAUAUACCUGAAAAAAUAACUGACAUUAAUUAUCAGGUACCCAAUCUUCAUAACUCCAAAGAACAAUCAAUCAUUCAUGUAUUUGAACCUAGCCAUCAGUCUUGUGACCGACCUUGGACUGGACCAAGAAUCUCUCAAUCUCAAAAGCUUCACCGUUUUCGACAUGACCGGUCUCUGUGAGGGAGGAAAAUGGACAAGAGCCGCCAAAAAAUGCUACCUCGGUUGCUACUAUCUCUCAUCUUCGUAAGCUUCAUUCUCACACGUUCUCCUUCUAGGUAAACACUAAUAACCGCGGCGCAGUCUUUCAUUGGAUUUCCAGAAGCCGAACAAUCUUCAAUACACCAAUCCCAUGAACGAGAAUAGCACAAGCUUCCCUGACGACUACGCCCCUACAGAUUUCUGUUCACUCGUCCAACUAAACCACCUCCUGGAGACAAUUUCCGGGUCUCGUACCUCGACCCCUCCGGCUGCGGAUCCGCAUAUGGAAGCACUGAACGCAGAACUGAAUGCCCAAGUUUUCCAGAACGAACUACAAGAAUGGACACUCUCCGUGCCUGCAGAAAUCCAAAAUCUCCGUUCGUCAUAAUCUCUUAUACACAUACACCCAGCCGAAUUCUCACUGACAGUUGACAACUAGCAAACAUAGGCCUCUCCUCACGCUUCAUCCGCAUCUCAAUCUACAGCCACAACCUAGGCUUCCUCCGACGCUCCUACCGCACCCACCCCAAAACCACCACACACCCCCUAACCUCCCAUCUCCAACCCUGUCUCACCGCCUCCAAGAUCUACUUCGAAUACCUCCUCUCGCUGCCAUCCUCAUCCUACCACUCCUUCACAGUCGUCCAAUGGGGCAGCAUGAUCCAAGCGGUCAUCAUCCUCUCGCGCUUGACCUUCGUGAUGGCUCGUGUGCUAGGAUGGGAUGCGAACACGACGCGGACGAAUGUGCCGCUGGGGAUGUAUUUGGAGUGCUUGUGCUUUCGGUUUGUGCAGUUGUCUGGGACGAAGGUGGAGAGGAUUGAGGAUGCGGUGGAGCCGGAUGGGAUGUUCGUUUUUGGGAUGAUGUUGGGCAGUGUGAAGAGGGGGUAUGAGAAAAGGGUUGAGUUGAUUGAGGGUGGGGGGUUGGAUGGUGGGUUUUGUGAUUUUCAUUUUCCUCGUGACGUUCUUAGAGGGGUUUGGAUCCUCACUUCUUUCUUUAACCUUAUAUCUAAUGUUGCGCUCGCUAAUAAGCGAGUUCCUCCUUUCCACAUCCUACUUCCCCCACAAAAACCCACACCCCAACCAAAAUAAACCCCACUAACCACCUCUCCCCAGCAUCCCACAGCACCACACUGUCCAUCUCCCGCGGCCGCUGCCCCAUCUUCGACCCCACACUCUCCUCUCUCUUCAAACAGAAAGACACGCAUUUCCCCACCAACCUGUACCACUCCAACUUCUCAUUCCCAGAUACCACUUUAACGACUACCAGCCUGACGAAUUCCACGGCUUUCUCUGAGGAGGGAUAUGAUAUGAGUGUAUUUGAGGAAGGUACGGGUGGUGAGAGUAUAGGGAGGGGAAGGAAUGGAGAGAGGGGUGGUGGUGGGUAUUAUGAUAUCGUGAGUACCAACAUCUACACCCACUUACUCUACAACGCCUAA